UCUUGUUUACAGCGGUGAGUCUACGGAGCGGAGACUGUCAGAGGAGUCUGGCCGUUGCGUUGCAGCCCCGUGCCGCUGCCGAGACUGGAAUUAAAUGCGAGGCUUGUAUUUGUUUGAAAUAAACUAAUCUAUGAUUUUUGUCGACGUGGAAAAUCUGUCCCUAACUCAAGAGACCCGUGUUUGUGUUUUUGCGUCUCUGAAAAGGAUUAUUUCGACUGGAAAAGCGAUCGUGAGAGCGAGUGGAGACGGAGGGAGGGAGAACCGAGGGGUGCAGUUGGUGAAACCAUUUUUGUCCUGGCGGAUAUUUUGGAUCUAUCCCUGUGGGGAGACUCAUUGAACGGGGCUGCAUUUUCAUUCAUAGCCUACCCGAGUCACUGUCUUCUGAACCCGACCUCGCCGGUGUUCACCCUGAACAGGCCUACAUGAAACGCUCGCUCUAAAGAAGGGAUUUUGGUGCACGAGAGAGCGUUCGUUUGCUGGCCGUUAAGAUCGCGUGCGCGUCGCUUCUGUUUUUUUUUCCCCUCAAGAAAUGGAGGCUGAAGAUGCGGAUUAUCGUUUGUGUGAAAUUCGUGGUUCAGUUAAUUUAAUAAGUCACAGGUCAUUGCGCUGCUGGCAUAAAUAACACGAUGUUUUGAUUAUUUAGAGAAAAGAAUGUAUCAUUGUUAACUCAAGUGUUAUCUCCUGUCACCUUGCUCCACUUGCCUCAACAGAAAACGCGAUUUGUUUUUCUUUAAGCCCUCAAUUAAAUGUAAAGGAUCUGUCGAUAUAGAGCUACGCUCAUUUGAUAUUUUAUUAUUUGAAAGCGUUUUGCUGUUUUAUAUUUAUUGGACACGACCUUUCUAUUUUGGGGAAAUUGAUAAAUGAGACAGGAAUGAGAUCUAGAACAGCAAGGAAUAUUUCGACCUUAUUUUGGGGUCUCGUGCUCUGUCUCCCUACGAUCUGCCUGUGGUCCGCCAGUGGAGAAAUCUGUGGUCCUCAUAUUGACAUUCGCAAUGACAUCAGUGAGUUCAAGAAGCUGGAGAACUGCACAGUGGUGGAGGGCUACCUGCAGAUCCUCCUGAUUGGUGACAAGAACCACAACCCGUACCAGGAGUUCCGCACGCUCAGCUUCCCCAGGCUCACCAUGGUGACCGACUACCUGCUCUUGUUCCGCGUGGCCGGCCUGGACAGCUUGAGCACUCUCUUCCCCAACCUCAGCAUCAUCCGGGGGCGCAAUCUUUUCUACAAUUACGCCCUGGUGAUCUUUGAGAUGACCAGCCUGAAGGACAUCGGUCUGUACAACCUGAGGAACAUUACACGCGGGGCCAUAAGGAUCGAGAAGAACCCAGAGCUGUGCUAUCUCGACUCAGUGGACUGGUCACUCAUCAUGGAUGCGGAGUUUAAUAACUACGUCGCGGGGAACAAGCAGUCCAAAGAGUGCGGGGACGUGUGCCCAGGUAUUAUGGAAGACAACCCUCAAUGCAUCAGGACUAGCUUCAAUGAUAAUUACAGCUACCGCUGCUGGACUUCCAACCACUGCCAGAAAGUGUGCCAAUCAAAAUGUGAGACGUGGGCGUGCACGGACUCGGGAGAGUGCUGCCAUGCCGAGUGCCUGGGAAGCUGCACAGAAGCAGGCAGCGACAGGGCGUGUGCCGCCUGCCAGCACUACUACCACGAAGGCCGCUGCGUGCCAGACUGCCCACCAGGCACAUACCGCUUUGAGGGCUGGCGCUGCAUCACCAUGGAGACAUGCACCCGCGUACACCUGCCCAGCGAGGUGGACUUUGUCAUUCACGACGGCGAAUGCAUGCCAGAGUGCCCGCCCGGCUUCACCCGCAAUGAGAGCCAAAGCAUGUUUUGCAGAGCAUGUGACGGUCUGUGUGAUAAGGUCUGUGAGACCAAAACCAUCGACUCAGUGGAUGCUGCCCAGUCUCUACAGGGCUGCACGGUCAUCAAAGGAAACCUGCAUAUCAACAUCCGACGGGGCAAUAACAUUGCAUCAGAGCUGGAAAGUUUCAUGGGGCUGAUCCAGAUGGUGACAGGCUAUGUGAGGAUCAAGCAUUCCCACACUUUGAGGUCUCUGUCUUUUCUGAAGAGUCUGCGCUACAUCGGUGGAGAGGAUCUCUUAGAUGGCAUGUACGCCUUCUCAGCCCUGGACAACCAGCACCUGCAGUACCUGUGGGACUGGUCGAAGCACAACCUGACCAUCAGGAACGGGAAGCUGUUCUUCCGCUCCAACCCCAAGCUCUGCGUGUCCGAGAUCCGCAAGAUGUGGGAGAACACAGGUGUCAGAGAGAGGAUGGAGGGCGAUGACAUCCGCAACAAUGGCGAGAGGGCCAGCUGUGAGAGUCACAUCCUGAAGUUCAAGUCCAACCACACACAGAGCAAUCGGAUAAAGCUCACCUGGGAACGCUACCGACCACCUGACUACCGAGACCUCAUCAGUUUCAUAGUCUACUACAAGGAAGCGCCAUUCCAGAACAUCACAGAGUUCGACGGGCAGGACGGUUGCGGGUCCAGCAGCUGGACCAUGGUGGAUGUGGACCUCCCUCAGGACAAGUCCCUGGAUCCAGGCGUGCUGCUCUACCCACUGAAGCCCUGGACGCAGUACGCCAUCUUUGUGAAAGCCAUCACCCUGAUGGUGGAGGACAAACAUAUCCUGGGAGCCAAGAGUAAAGUCGUCUACAUCCGCACCAAAGCUUCAGAGCCCUCGAUGCCCCGGGAUGCCCGCGCGUAUGCCAACUCCUCCUCCUCUCUGGUGGUGAAGUGGUCUCCACCCAUCUCCCCGAACGGGAACUCCACCUUCUACCUGCUGCGCUGGCAGCAGCAGGCUGAGGACCGUGAGCUCUACCAGCAUAACUACUGCUCCAAAGAGCUGAAGAUCCCGAUCCGAAUCUCGGCCUCGUCACCAGUGGACGGGGAGGAGGACACCAAGCCCACCAAGUCCGACGUGGGUGGUGCUGAGAAGGGCCCAUGCUGUCCAUGCCCCAAGACCAAGGAGGACCUGAAGGCAGAGGCUGAGGAGCGCGCGCUCAGCAAGGUGUUCGAGAACUUCCUGCACAACGCCGUCUUCACACCCAGGCCUCCAGAUAGACGUCGGCGGGACCUUUUUGCCGUGGCUAACAGUACAUUAGCACACAGCCCAGGUCGGAACAUCACCGGGCCAGAGGGGAACCUGACCAACCCGGAGCUCCUGGAGUGGGUUUACCCAUUCUCAGAGGCCACAGUCCAGUCGGAGUUCAUUGAGAUCUUCAACCUGCAGCCGUUCACCGUCUACCGCAUCGACAUCCACGCCUGCAACCACGAGGUCCAGCGCUGCAGCGCUGCCGCCUUUGUCUUCUCCAGAACCAAACCCGCAGAAAAAGCAGACGACAUCCCCGGCCCUGUGACCCAGGAGAAGGGCGAGUGGGCGGAUGGCAUGGUGGUGCUGCAAUGGUCGGAGCCGCAUCACCCCAGCGGCCUCGUUCUCAUGUACGAGAUCAAGUUCCGCCUGGGCACGGAGCCUGAGAAGCAUGAGUGUGUAUCACGCCAGCAGUACCAGGAGCUGAGAGGGGCACGCCUGACCAACCUGGGCUUUGGCAACUACUCAGCUCGUAUCAGGGCCACAUCGCUGGCGGGAAACGGCUCCUGGACUGAACCCGUGUCCUUCUACGUUCCACCGCCUCACCAAGCCUACGAGAACAUCCUCUACCUGGCCGUCGUCAUCCCCAUCAUAGCUCUGAUACUGCUCGCCUGCCUCGUCACUGGUGCGGUCUUCUUCAAAAGAAAGAGAAACAGCGACAGACUGGGCAAUGGGGUCCUCUAUGCCUCAGUGAACCCUGAGUACUUCAGUGCAGCAGAGAUGUAUGUGCAGGAUGAGUGGGAGGUGGCCCGGGAGAAGAUCACGCUGUGCCGAGAGCUGGGCCAGGGCUCCUUUGGCAUGGUGUACGAGGGCAUCGGCAAGGACAUCGUCAAGGACGAACCCGAGACGCGGGUGGCCAUCAAGACGGUGAACGAGUCGGCCACCAUGCGAGAGCGCAUCGAGUUCCUCAAUGAAGCGUCCGUCAUGAAGGAGUUCAACUGUCAUCACGUGGUUCGGCUGCUGGGCGUGGUUUCACAAGGCCAGCCCACCCUGGUGAUCAUGGAACUGAUGACACGAGGAGACCUGAAGAGCCACCUACGCUCUCUCCGCUCUAAACAGCAGGGCUCGUGUAGCCAGGCGCUCCCACCCCUCAAAAAGAUGAUCCAGAUGGCUGGCGAGAUCUCCGACGGCAUGGCGUACCUCAACGCUAACAAGUUCGUCCACCGGGACCUUGCCGCCAGGAACUGCAUGGUGGCUGAGGACUUCACCGUCAAAAUCGGAGACUUUGGCAUGACACGUGACAUCUACGAGACAGAUUACUACCGUAAGGGAGGCAAGGGUCUCCUGCCAGUGCGCUGGAUGUCCCCUGAGUCCCUGAAAGAUGGCGUGUUCACUACCAACUCCGAUGUCUGGUCGUUUGGGGUGGUACUGUGGGAAAUAGCCACGCUUGCAGAGCAGCCAUACCAGGGCAUGUCCAACGAGCAGGUGCUACGCUUCGUCAUGGAGGGUGGACUCCUGGACAAGCCAGACAACUGCCCAGACAUGCUGUUCGAGCUGAUGCGUAUGUGCUGGCAGUACAACCCUAAGAUGCGGCCCUCGUUCCUGGAGAUCAUCAGCAGUAUAAAGGAGGAGCUGGAGUCAUCCUUCCAGGAGGUCAGCUUCUUCUAUAGUGAGGAGAACAAACCCCCUGACACAGAGGAGCUCGACAUGGAGGUGGAGAACAUGGAGAACGUUCCACUGGAUGCUGCAUCCAUGCUGGCUCCAGCCUCCUCUCAGGGGGGUGCGGGGGCCUCCACAACCGUAACACCGACACAGCCGACGGGUUCGGGAGCUGCGCUGCCCUCGGCCCCUGCUCCCACCGCUUCCCCACCUUCUGCUGGCGCCUCACCAGGGGGUGUGGCCCUGGCCAAAUGCUCGGGGCAUGCGACGGCUAACGGGCCCACGCUGCUGCUGGGGGCGGCAUUUGGUGAGACGCAGCCGUACGCGCACAUGAACGGUGGGCGAAAGAACGAGCGACCCCUCCCAUUGCCACAGUCAUCGGCCUGCUGAUCUGCCCCCACCGCCUCACGCAGGGUAUCCCACAAACCCUUCCACUCUUUUUGAAGAAGUGGUCACAUAUACACCUUUUCUUACCUGAAGAUUUAAACCCGUGGGCUGAUGAUGUCAGUAACCAGAUAGACGGGAUCCCACUGUAAAUCAGUGGGUGGCUUAUUUUUAAUGAUAACUAUUAAUUCAUCUUUAUUUUAUCACAGUGGAGGAUUUGGGGAAAUAAGAGUUUGUGAGAUGGAAAAAGGCUGCCUCUCUGGCAAUAUUUAAGAUGACUCAUCUAAGCAUCGCACCGGGGAGCCUCAGAGCCAAACUCAGAAUCAUGUUUUGUUGCUUUUUAUCCGAUUCUUAAUGUACUUCAAACUGGUAUAGAGUAUUCUCUACCAGAGAAUCAUUAUAGAGACAUUUUCAUAUUAGCCCAACAUCUGAGCACUUUUUUUAAAGGAUAUGUGUGUGUGUGUGUGUGUGUGUGUGUGUGUGUGUGUGUGUGUGUGUGUGUGUGUGUG